AUUUUUACUCAUACAUUUUGAUAUAGUUAACCCAAAUACUCAUCAUAAUGAUGUUCAGUCAUAUUUUUUAAACAAUAAUUCCUUUAUAUUACUGUUACAUUUACUAAGCCCUUGAAAUAUUUUUGAGAGCGAACCAAAGCUUAACCCAACCCAAACCAAAAAUGAUGAACAGGUGAAGCAGGCUCAUCCAGACAACUUCUCACUGAGCUUAAAAAAAUGACGACACGUAGGAGGCUGUCUAAAACAUUGGAACAUUUGAGUUCUGGGGAGCUUGAGGAUUUCUGCCUACAUGUUGAUUUGGAGAAAGGUGUCCCCCUCCUCUCAGAACUCGAUCUAAAAUCAAUAUGCCCAGAGAAAAUAGAGGAGCUGAUGGUGAAGAGAUACAGCAAGGAGGAGUGUGUGAAGUUGACCAGAAAUAUCUUAAAGAAGAUGAACAAGACUGAUCUCGUGAAGAGAUUGCUUGGCGACAGACGGGAGUCCGAAAAAGAACACUCUAUGGAGAACACUCUAUCACUGACCCAGAGGGUGGAAAAGAUGACAUCUGUUAUAGAACUGCUUGUGGAAAUUAUGGCUUGCCUAACAGAAAACCAGUAUGAGGAAUUCAAGCAGUUGAUCAGAAAUGAAGGCUACAAAACAUGUAUAUCAUACAUCCCUCGUUUGCUGUGGCAGACAAACCAUCAGGACACUGCGUGUGUUACAGUUUUGACUUUUGGUCAAAACUCUGUUGUGAAGACGAUGAAGAUUUUAAAGAAGAUGAACAGAACUGAUCUGGUGCAGAAGUUGUUGGAGACCAGCUCAAGUUUCAAAAAGAAACGCUCAGAUGAACCACGCUCUGUCCUGUUGGAGAAAGCAGCAACAAUGGCAGCUGUUAAAGAGCUGCUUUUGGAAAUCCUGCAUUCUUUAAAUGACGGGGAGUUCAGGAAAUUCAUGAAGUUUCUGCAGUUGGCCUUUCAAAAGGACUUCAAAGACAGCCCACGUCUUUUGAGAUACCAAUACGACCGUACAGAAAUAUUGGAUGUGAUGGUGCAGACCUACGGGCGACAGUCUGUGGAUGAGACCAGAAAGAUUUUAAAGAAGUUGCACAGAGUUGAUCUCAUGCAGAUGUUUUCAGAGACUAGCUCAGAACCCAAAGUGGAUGAGCAUCAACCUUCAGUCUUUGAAAAAACGGUAAAGGAAGAUGUGGAACAUGUUCUUUCGGAAACAUUGAGUGGUUUGAAACUUGAGGAGUUUGAGAAAUUUAAGUGGGUGCUGCAGCUCACAUACUUCCAGAGGAGUUUUACACAAAUCCAGUGGCACGACAUGAAGUCGGCAACAACUCCAGAUAAACUGGUGCAUCUGAUGGUGAGGAACCAGCAGCCUGUGGAGGUGACCAAAGAGGUUUUAUUGGACAUGAACAGGACUGAUCUAGUUGAGAGGCUGAUGGGGACAGACUCAGGACUUCAAGAGAAACAUCAGCCUGAACUGCCUCAUCAAGUGAGUAAAGUAAAAUCAGAAACACAUUAAACAACAAGGUUUCCAUUUAUUUCA